CCAUCCUGGCGCUCGUUCCCUUUAAGAAAAAAAACUGCAUCUACUUCCGGUUUAGCUGGUCCGUCAUUUAAAUUGCUCCGUAAGCAAAUGUAGGCGAAGAAGAGAAGGUUAUGGCAGCAAUGAUUGAGGAAAAUGGUCCCUCGACUCAUGAGCAGUCUGACGUGUCGUCAUCGUCUCAGGCCAGGCACAAGCUGGAGGGGCUCCUGAACAAGAACAUGAGGAUCCGCAUGACGGAUGGACGGACUCUGGUGGGGCUGUUCCUCUGCACCGACCGGGACUGCAACGUCAUCCUGGGCUCGGCUCAGGAAUUCCUCAAAUCCACGGACACGUUCUCCCAGGGUGAGCCCAGAGUCCUGGGUCUGGCCAUGAUCCCCGGCCACCACGUGGUGUCCAUCGAGGUGGAGGCCGACAGCCUAGAAGACGCACAAGGAUUCGGAGCAAACCACUGACAAAAGACGUGUCUCUGGACUGCGCUCACGUGUGUGACUCCCGUCGCGCCGGGUGUCGAGGCUGCGGCCGAGCCCAGAGAAGAGCGGGCGUCUCGGUUUUCAGGAUUUUUUGAAUCGAGCCGCUUUGCUGCAGAACAUCUAGCGUCAGUGUUCUGGAUUUAGUCAUUUCCUCCGAGACUGAAGGAGAGUCCGUUUUGCAGUGACGGCUGAACGAUACAGGGAGUGUGGAAACUGUCCCGAGUGUGUGAAUGACAAGUGUGUGUGUGUGUGUGUUCUGGUGUCUACAAAAAAACAUCUUUGUUACCGUGUUUUAAAAUAAAUCACUUUAUUUGAAGCUUUGAUGUGAGCGGCGUCGCUUUGCUUCGCGCAACAUUAAGAAACGAACGCACACUUGGCUGUUUCAACAUUUUAAUACACUUUAGCACGUCAGCCGAUUCGGUUUGGCAACAGGAAAAAAAAAAAUCGAUGCCACUAACAACAGAAACCCGGAAAACCCACUUAAAUACGAGGAGCCUGUCACAUUUUGGUUGGAUGGAUGGCGCGUUAGAAGCAGUCUAGAAGCACGGUCACCGUGUCCUCACGCCCGACGCAAUAAUUUAACUCGCGCUAAAACAAAGAAAAUCGGACGCGUGUCUCGCGCGGCCGCAAAAUCGGAGCCUCAUUUACAAAAAAAAACUGCAUCCGCGACUUGGAAGUUGUGUCUCAGUGCAACUCAUUGGAUAAAUAUUAUCCAAGUAUUCUGCUUAUGAAGUACGUACGGUCAGACCUCAGGGCUUCAAGCUUAGGCUCAGCUCAACGUUUGACACUUUUCCUGUAAGAGCUUCUUCUUUUUUUUUUUUUAUAAAUGAGGUUCCCAGACGGCCACUGAAGACACACUUUGUUUGUAAAGUGUCUGAAAAGUAUCGUCAGUAACUUCAGGAGUGGAGAAGAUGUGGAGUGGUUUUUUUGAAAACAAACAAAAAAAAAGUAAAAGUGCAAGUUUUGAAAGAUGUGCUUUGAAAUGAGCAGAAAGGGAAGGAGAGGACGUUAACAAGCCUUGAUUCAGUCAUUAGCUGCUACACUUUUUAAGAUUUAGUCGCAUUCAGUUGAACUGUCACAUUCAUCAUAACUGUAGAAACCAGCGCUAGUUCAAAUGAAAACCACGGAGCACCUACACCGACCCAAGAUCCAUAGGAUUUCUAAACCUUUACACCCACAAAGCUUCACGUAAUAGUGCUCGAGUCUCACCAUUAACAAUGAAAUGGAUCUCCUGGUGUUAAAUAUAAAAAUCUUCUAGUCAUCUAGUGUAGAGACGCUUCAGCUGAGAUCAGUUUAAAGAAUACUGCAAGCGGGAAAACAACAUCUUUCUAUGCAUCGCCCGAGCGACAGUUACUGCACUGAAAAGAGUCAGUAAAUGUUCAUAGAAUGGCACGAAGAAAGAAACAGGAGCAGACACACCCACCCUCCCCGAAUAUCCCACGUCGGCCGCUUAUAACCACCACCUCUCCAUGUUUAAAGGAGACGCUUCAUAUUCAACUUAAUUCACCAGCAGCCAAAGUCAGGUCCUUAGCUUUUUUCUAAUAAGAAGUCCAGAUUUU